AUGCCGAGUCAAAAAUGGGUGAAUUCCCACCCGGAAGGCUUGAAAACUCAUUUAGAAAAUCCAACAGAUGUCUCGCACACUGUUAGUUUUGUGACGCAUCUUCUUACAACCGCCUCUGUAUGCGCCUUCAUGCUUUUACGAUGCUAUGUGAAAGCAUUCAUCACACCCCCAUUUAAUGUCGAUGACUGUGUAUCGUUUCGGCGGGGGUUCCAUAUUUACGAGAUCUCCCAAGCAGAUUUUGUCAACUUUAGUGAACUUCAGGCCCUAUAUGUCCAUACUUUGAUAUAUAGUCUUACUUCCUACUUUACGAAACUCGCCCUCCUUCUUGUCAAUACCAGAAUUUUCCGAGCGGAUAGAACGACAGUGCUCAGGACAUACGUUCUCAUUAUUCUCACAACAGGGUACCAUAUGCCUACCUUCGCCAUCAAGGCCAAUAUUUGUCAACCAAUUAAUGGAUUCUGGGACCUUACGAUAAAGACUAGCUGUUUUAACCGACAAGCCAUCUUUUUCGCCGACACUGCUAUCAGCGUUAUUACCAACUUAGCUAUCCUCUACAUCCCCAUCCCCGUUGUGCUCGCCCUUAGGAUACCGUGGUCCAAGCGGCUCAAAAUCAUCGCCAUGCUUAAUUUAGGUGGUAUCGCCAUAGUAGCGAGCAUGGUUCGCAUGAUUCUAGGCAUUUCACUUCGCAAGUUAUACGACGAACCUGUUGAUAUUAUUCGCUUGAGCCUGUUCAGCACAGCUGAUGUUAGCAUAGGUAUAAUAUGUACAUGUCUUCCCGCCGUCAACAUUCUUAUUACGCACUGGUACAAUUCUAAGCCGGUUUCGACUCGUGGUGGUAGGGCAUACUUUUGUCCUGUUGAGUUUAGACACUAA